GGCAGACAGACAGGCAGCGGUGAUAAUAAACAGAGGUCUUUCAGUGUCAGUAACGAUGGAGGAAUACAGCUCUGGAGACGAGGCUGUGUUCAGUGCCGAUGAGGCCACUAUCUCAGUUAAAGAGUGUAUUGAAGGAGUUAUCGGUGGAACAGAUUAUAACCAGAGUAAAGUGAACCAGUGGACGGCCACUAUAGUGGAGCAUUCUCUGACUCACCUGGUGAAACAGGGACGGCCAUUCAAAUACAUAGUAAACUGUACGAUCAUGCAGAAGAGCGGCGCUGGUCUCCACACAGCCAACUCCUGCUACUGGGACACUGCCACUGAUGGAAGCUGCACAGUCAGGUGGGAGAACCGCACCAUUUACUGUGUGGUCAGUGUGUUUGCUGUUGCUAUGACGCUGUAACAGCGGCACCGAGCUGCACCGCUCUCUCUCCUCCUAACAUGUCUGCGCUCGAAGUGGCACCAUGAAGAUCCUCUGACGAUAUCCUCUGCUAGAAGACCAUGAACAAGUAGCUUAUUUCGCCCCCACAGGCUUAAACUACAUAACUUCAGAAUAAGAGUUGUGGUUUGUGAGUCGACAGCCUGCGUCGGUCUGCGUUCAUCGACUGCGAGAAAAUGUUGCUUUGUAGGGACAGAGGUUGUGGUCAGAACGCAGCUGACCAUGAAGACUCUUGGUUUCAUUUGUCUCCUUCAGUACAUUCCCAAAUAAAACAGACUGAACUGUUGCUGUAGUAAAAUGUUUGUUAUUUAAUAAAAGUCUGACUGUUAUGUUUUAGUGACAACUUGCAUAAAGUUUCUUUCCUUGUCUGCAUUAAUAUGUUACUGAUUUACACCGGUCUGUAUCUGUGAGUGUGCAGAUAUUAAAGUGUGUAAUUUCAGAGUUGUUUAAUGGUCAGUCACCACGACAAAUGCACUUUUUCUAGACUUUGUAGAAACCCUGAAAUUCUUCUGUAAAACUGUUCAGUUCAAAGAGCCUGUGUCAAUAAUUAAUUUGUUAGAACUGUGAUUAAAUGUAUUAAAAAGCG